AUGACGAACUGGAGGGAAACUGGUUAUGUGCCCGCCUCCGACGAUGACAUUUCUGACGGCGAGCUAUCGACCCAGGAGGAAUUAUUGGGGUUGUCGGAGCCACGAACACCCCUGAACCUAUACCAGGGAGACUCGCCAGCUACAUCUUCCCCACUAUCAUCACCGCCUUCCGUUGUUCUGACACCGCCCUCAAUUUCUGCUGUGCGGUCUCCACCCCGCCGUGUUACCUUCUCGGUUGUCAUUCCCGCAGCAGAAGGGAGGGAAGAGGAAGAAAUAAUAAUACCUCCGGAUAAUGAUGCACCACAAUAUUAUCGAAGCCUCCGCGUACGUAAGCCAAUUCAGAGGAAUCCAUAUCUGAUAGAACAGGAACGAUAUCGCCAAACCCUAAAGGCUCGAGGUGUCCGACCAGUACGAAUUAGUGAGGUCGAAGAGGAAACAAAUGGAGGGCUUGGUGCAGAUGAGGACUCCCAAGAGCGCGACUAUGUAGCGCCCCCCGAGCCGGAGAAUGACGAAAGUCAGUUUGUGCCAGUGUCAUCUAGAGGGAGGGGUGGACCUGGAGGGCAGGGUGAUAGGCCGGUAGAUAUCUAUGACUUUGAGGGGUUCCAAGAUGCUGCUAGUGCUUCACGGGAGAGGCCUAGGCCUAAUGGCGCUUUGGCGGAUGGCGUGAAGCGACGCAAAGUAAACCAUACAUAUUCAAAACGCCCGCAUGCAAGUGCUGUCAGGCCUCAGCCGGAUGCGGGCCAGAGUGCCGGAAAUGCUCGUUUAACUCCCUCCAGCAUCCAGGCAGAAAUCGAUGAAAAUGGAAGGGACGUGUACGAGCUGUCUGAGGACUCGCCCCAGAGGCGAUCUCGAACACCGCUUGUGCAGACAUCACCUAAUGGGUCGCCUACUAAAAAGACCCCACGGCAACCUACUCAAGAACAGGGCAUAAAAAGGCGUGGCAUACUUUCUCUUCUUGAUUCAUCAUCAGAUAUUGAGUCAUCACCUACUGGGCAAGGGAGGCCUCGGCCAAUUUCGCCGGGGUCUGAUGAUGAUACUCCUCGAGCCCGUCCCGUGAGAACUGUACUUGAAUUAUCUUCAUCUCCGCCUGAAGAAGAGCCCACUCCAUCAGAAUCAGAGGACGAAUCCCAAGAGGUCCGUCGUUUGCAACGCAAGACAGCAGGUGUACUUCCAGCUUCCUGGUGGAAACUCGACAAAAGACAGCACCCUAGCUCAACGAAUGAUUCUCGCCGCGAUCGAAGAAGCUCGACUCCAGUACAGGAUCUCACUCCCCGACCUGGCGUAGCGAGAGCAAGGAUUACUUCCAGGCCAAGGUCUCCUGUCGGUGACGCCUUUCUUUUUGGCGAUGAUUCAGAUGAUUCAAACGGGCCGGCGAAUAUACAACCUCAAGCCCCUCCUUCGGGCCGCCCAAGACUCCUUCAUCGCCAACAUCAGAUCGAAGUAAUCGAAAUUGAUGAUGUUGUGGAGGAUGAUAGAAUAGAUCGUAUGCUUCCGGUAACUCAACGGAAUAGCGGGCUUAGAAAACAGAAACAGAGAAAUCAGAACGGGCCAUCACGGGCGCCUCAGGGUAUGAGUGCCGAUAGGCUUAGUGGAGCUAGGAAUUCUGGGAGUGGCUCACGCCUUCGGCAGCCAAGGAUAACGAACCAUAUAGGCACGAAGAGGAACUCUACCAAAAGAAAACCGAAGGUCCCUCAGUUAGGAAUUGUAGAUGCAGUGAGGCAUUAUCGAGCUACCAAUCCUGAAAUCUCUCCCCCAACUUUUCUCAAAGUUGCAACGAGAAGUGCAAGGGAGAGGCGGUCAAAAGGAAGGCAAGGUCCAUCAAAGAAGAUAUUCCAAUUGGAUACUGCGGCAGACACGCAGGAGGUGCAAAGCGUUCUGAGGGAGUGGAGAGAAGGGACUAUAGCCAUCAGAGCACAUGAUUCCCCAGAUGAAGACCGUACCGAUGCUCCUCCAACAAGACCACUAUCACCCACCGUGGAACAACAUCCUGCUGGGGUGCUGGGCUUGGAUCUCGGACUUUCCUCAAUAGGAGCUAGUGCUUCCCGGCGACGACCUAAACAAACUACUCUAACUAAUAUCAUGCGUACACGGCCGCUAUUGAGCAGGAUUAAUGAUGCACACCGCUUGCGUCAAAAGAGCCGGAAGCGUUCGAAUGUGACAGCUGUGCCAGCAAGACCAAAUGCCAUCACACAUCAGCCGUUUUUUAUGCCCGAGCCUACACAGUUCGAGAGAGAGGAGCCCCCAGGUAUAGCAGUCGCAAGACUCCAGAAAUCUUCUCGACAGGGACAACGACUAAAUCUGGCCGAGCUGCUUCAGACAACAGCUCGAAGACACCAGAACCUAAGAAGGUUUAUGGAUGAUGAGGAUUUGAUUAAUCCACCGCCGAUUAUGCGCGGCGAUCCCAGACCUGCCCCGACCUCAACCCUCAAAAUUGUGAAGCCUACUCGGCCCCGGCGAAAGCGUACGCCGGCGCGAAUUGAUGCUGAGACUAUCGAACGGCGUCAGCCUCCUCCAGAAGAUCGAAUCAUCGCUGAUGAUGUAGAAAUCGAAAUGAUCCCGGAGCCAGCUCCAAACACAACUCUGGAUGUUAAGCCUGUACUUAUCGGAUUAUUGCCCUAUGGUAGCAAAUACACAUUAUCAUUCGAUACAAUUCCACUAAAACCCGGAACAAUUUUCAACAGUGAGACGUUCAUAGGAUGUGGAGGCUUAUCCAAAGCCUUGAAUUCCAAGCUCCAGACACUCGGCCAUAGCAGCAACUUUCGUUUUGGCGACAAACUUGUUCGCUGGGGCGUUUACGAGGAUUCUAUGGCCGCAGAGUUUGAGUCGAUCAUGCAUGAUAUCGUAGAGUUUGUAGACGGAGCACAUAAGGGGGGUAGCGAUGUUGAGGCCCAUAUGUGGGCUUCUCGGGCUUACAUGUUUUACCUCUUCUUCUCAAACUAUCUUUACCGGGUGAUAUCUUUCUCUGACUCUAUUGACCUGAUAUCAUUUGGUCAACGAAUACUUCAGGCUAUCGACACAUCCUGUGAUCAGGUCUUACCGGUUCUAGAGGGGAGCACGCCUCUAAGUUUAAGCAAAGCGCCAACGCGCUUAGCGCUCCAGCUCCAUGUCUUUGGUCUGUUGUUUGCUUUUCAAAUAUAUAAACUCGCAUCCGGAGAUCCUGGAGCCCGGGAACGACUAGAGCUGGAUAGAACGAUCCGGAGACUAGGACAUCAAUUGCUUGGUCGCCUCUUGAGAUGUGGCUUUAAUGCUAUUAGGGAAUGCUACGAGGAUCAGCGGGUAAUCGCCAACUACGAGCGUGGGAUAGAUCCAAAGCAUUAUCUCAUUGAAGCCUGGGUUAUUGCGAUAUACACCUUGGAUUCAGUUCACUAUCAGCAUAUUAGUUUUUGGCAGCUAUUAAAUAACGAAUUGCGACCUCCAGAAAUUGAGCGGGCUUUAGAUAUACGGAUCUUCGAGAAGCACUGGCGUAGAGUCUGGACAAUCUUACCGCUAUACCAGUUCGAUGAAUUUGGAGUUGUCCAAGGACCAGUGAGAGAUGGAAACCUCUCUGAGAAUUGGGCGCUUUUGAGAGUCCUCAUUGGUCGACCUCUGAAAGUAUAUGGCACAAAUAUUGAAGGGCACUCUGGCGCCAUCAAUGCAUACUGUAGGACACUAUACGCACGAUGUCAUCACCUCAUUGCGAAGUGGGGAUGGUUGAAUACCGAUAUUAUUAUCCCGGUACUUUACGAAUUCUUCGCCAGCAAGAACCUAGCCAAUCUAAGGAAUGAGGAGACCUACGGGUCCCCUGAUUUCCUCCAGAAUCUUGACCGCAAUCCGUCCCUGGAAAUGCGGGACUCUGACCCUUGCUUUCAUCUGCUAUUGAAGGUAGUUGGCUUAGGCCUUCACGCAAUGAAGGCAUCAACGCCGAUCAAUAAGAUUGGAAAUCUCGUCAACAGGCUGAUGCCAAACCACGGCCGUCAAUAUCUCAAGUAUGAAGAACUCCGGGUAGAAAACCUUACCGCAUUGCGAAAUCAUCAUGAUCUACUCUCAACACUAUGGUGGGCUUCUCCGCCUCAAUGUCGUCCCCCAUUGGAGGCAAUUCGAUAUCUGGUGGACCCGGAUCUGUCGCAUCAGCAAGCUUGCAUCGUCAGUAUUAGAGCCUGGUUGAAUCUUAUGCGUUUUCAACUGCACAGCGGCGAGGGCCUAGACGUCUUGAAGCCAUUCAUGGGGUGGUUCGACCACUUCACAGGUUCCGCCUUGAACCAACACCACGCCGCACGGAAUGAGGCGGAAAAGCACUUCAGCGCGGCAAAGGAGAGGGGUGAUACGGAGUUAACGGAAGAUAUUAUGGAGGAUAACAUCCGCCGGAAUCAACAGCAACUCGAGGGUAUUCUUAUUGACGCGUUGAAGUCAUUGCGCAGUACGCUGGUAGGAAUCAAAGGACAGACACAGAGUGCGAUUGUAAUUCUCACGAAAGGAGUAGCUUCUACUGCGAAUGUAUUGAAUUCUUACGGUCGACUCUCGAAUAAACUGAUCUUUGAAGCUCUUGAUUUGAUCCAGCAGUAUUUGGUUGUUACUAAGAGUGCCGACGAAUCCGCUGGAGUCUCUGUUCAAGCGGGCGAGGACAGCCAGGACUAUGGAGACUGGUCGGGAUUCGACGAUAUCAUAAUUAAGGAUGAUCAAAGGGCAGCAGCUGAACAAUUGUUUGUUACUGUAUAUGAAGCAUUGCAUAGGCUGCUUUCCAACUGCUUUGGUAGCGACAUACAACCAGAAGAUAGUUUUCUAAUCAAAACCGUUGAUACAUGGGCUCUAGUCGUCGGGUUCCUAGUCCGACAUGGGCUAAAAAACUGGGAUGCAUAUCUUGACCAAUAUAAUCCAGAGUCAUGGUCAUCGCUUCGUGACACGGAGCAAACUCGGAAGUUCACGGCGUAUUUCAUCCCGAAAGUUAUACAAUCGGCACCAGACGUGUAUGAGUCCAACAAGACGGCGUUCAUAUCCUUCUGGUUGAAGACAUUAGUGGAAAGGGAGUCAUUGCUCAAGUUCCAGAAUGAGUAUACUGCGACGCUCCUCAACUGUGAUCCUACUAAUCCGAUUCUUGCAAAUCCACCAUUCGUGCGCGACGAGGUGAGCGGAGAGUUCAAAGUCACCCUGACCGACUUCCGAGCUCGACGUUUAUCUUUGAUAUCUACAAUCCUUGCAAACAUGCGAGAGAACUACGAAGAAACCCACAACGACUCUGCGCAGCGAGCCCUAACGCUCAAACUCGAAUACUCAGAGAUGCUUAAAUCCAUGAUGAGGUCCAUGAAGGAGAUCUACCAAGUACUAUACCCGCACACCCAUGCGCACGUAAUUCUAAUCUCCAAGCAGGAAAUCCAUGCGAAAUCUUCCUCAGGCGCAUACGUCAAAUUUGUGCAGCAAGUAGUCGAGUACUUGCAGCAGCACUCGAUCGACAUCGUGACGAUCGACCCCUUCUUCACCGACUCGAGUGUGUUCCCGCUGCCGUCCGCUGAUCCUAUGUACGUCGUUGGCCGACUCAAGAAUUACGGCCUGAAGCUCUCACACCAGCGCAUGCACAAGCAGCUCACCAGCUUUUUCCAAUCCGUCUGUGAGCGCGCGGCGAUCGAUGGACAGCAGGAGUAUCUUGUUCACCAACUUACCACUGCGUUGUCCGGGGAAUUGGAAGUGGGCCCGGCACAGAAACCCAGCCUGCGGUCGCUUUUUACUGAAGCGAUAUUCCCGGCGUAUAUCGAGUGCACGUUUACUAACCCUGCGGGGUGGAUACUCAGCGCGCCAUUGCUCCAAGCUACUGAGAAGAUACUCGCAAAGCUCCGGUUGGAUGUGGACUCUACACUGGACGCAUGCGUCGAGGCAGUAACAUCCAUGUUAACAACCCUCCUAAACUCAAUCCACGCAUCGCUAAGCGCACUCCCAACCCCGGAUAUCCUCUCCUCAUCGGUAAACACCGCAAUCUACUCCCUCUUUCUAAAAGUCCUAACGCGCGCAAUCCCCCUCCUGGACACCAUAUCCCCAACCCCCCACCACCCAGCAUACGAAACCGCAAAAAGCAUGACGACCCACGCCGCCGCCAUCCAGCAGCACAUCUCGAAUCCUGCCGUUCCCCUCCUCCCCCUUCCCCCCCUCCCCAACCCACCUCCUGGCCCACAUACAAGCACAAAAUCAACAACAACAGCAACACUAACAAAAACCCUGCGCACGGAGUGGAAAAUGCAUAACGGGAUCUGGUACGUUACGCGGCCUGCCUCUCGGCGGGAAGUGCUCGUGCCGAAGUUUGGGGUGGAGGUCGAGGAGUUGGGAGGGGUCGUGGACGGGUUGUUUAGGGUCGCUGCAAGGAGUGAGUGGAUGGGGGGGUUGGUUAGGGGGUUGGAUCUGCGCGUUUGGAGGGAGGAGAAUAUGGGGCGUGGGAGGAUGGGUAUUUGUGGGAGAGUUGGGGGGGUUGGGGGGGUGUUUGUUUAG